CGGCGCACGGCUCCGGUCUGCAGAAGUGAGCGCGCGUCACGCGUGGAGCGCUCAGUGCAUCAGAGACAUUCCCGCACCGUCUGAUUCAAGAGUCACUUUUGGGUCGAUACAUCUAUUUUGUCUGCGAGGUACAAGCGCAAAUGGCUGAGGAAAUACAAGCCAAAAUUGAAAACUACCGCACGGCACCAUUCGAUGCCAGAUUCCCAAACCAAAACCAAACCAGGAACUGCUGGUCCAACUAUCUAGAUUUUCACAGAUGUGAGAAAGCUUUAGAAGCAAAAGGGGUGGACACAGCCCCAUGUGACUGGUACAAGAGGGUCUAUAAGUCACUCUGCCCUGGAUCUUGGGUCCAGAGAUGGGAAGAACAGAAAGAUGAAGGGAACUUUGCAGGAAAGAUCUAGGACUGCCACUUCUCCAGAAUUAUUCUGUAUUCAGCUACUGUUUGUUCAAUGAAAGAGCAUUGAGUGGAUUCAGAUUCUCUUUGAAAUCAUGAUUUCCCUAAAUGGAGCAUUGUAAAACUAAGUGUUCAUUCCCCACAACUGCUUUAAAAUGUACAGCAGAUUAAUAAAUAUAUUUAUGAAACUCUG